GUGGUGGAUGUUAUAACAGAAUCUCUUUUUAGGCGCCAAAUGUGGAUCGUAUGUCAAAUUACCGUUACCCAAUUUCAGAAAUCCAUGCCAACUUUUUCGCGCCAACACAUCUUCACCCUCCAAAACAUUUUCACAUUUCUUGUUCCCCCUCCAACAAUCAAGAUUCAUAAUUUCAUAACAGGGAGUACUCAUUCAUUAGAUUAGUUUUCCCCUUCAUAAAGAAAAAAAAACCCUUCAAAAAUCCAAAAAAAUUAAAAAAAAAAUAAUAAACCAACAAUGGCACAGGCACACCCAGAUGAUCAUUUGCAGGAAAAACCCAACAAGGAGACCACAAAGAGGGAUGAAAAGAGGGAAAUUUCAUCUUUUAAAUUCAAUGCACAAGCACCCGAAUUUGUGCCCAGUUCGCGUACACCCCAGUCUCCGGUUUCGGGUUACUUUUACCCGUGUUUUGGUUACAUGGGUAUGGGUGGGAACGAUGGAAGUGGGUCAGGUGAUUGGAUUUAUGCUGCUGCUGGUGAUCAAGAUCAGCAAAUGCAUGUUUUUGCCAGCCCGAAUGUUAUGCUCACCAACUGUUCGAAGAAUGUCCUCACUCAAGAUCUUCAGCAGAAAAUUAUCAAACAGGUGGAAUAUCAGUUCAGUGGCUUGAGCUUGCUUGCGAACGAGUCACUGGUGAAACACAUCAGCAAGGAUCCAGAAGGCUAUGUUCCUAUAUCUGUUAUUGCAUCGAUGAAGAAAAUCAAAUCCUGCAUCACUAACAACAAUCUGCUUGCCCAAGCUCUCCGAUCCUCUUCAAAGUUGGUUGUUAGCAAUGACGGGAAAAAGGUCAGGCGUAAACACCCGUUCACAGAGAAAGAUAAAGAAGAGCUGCAGUCACGCACUGUUGUUGGUGAGAAUCUUCCGGAAGAUCAUUCGCAUCAAAAUCUUGAGAAGAUCUUUAGUGUUGUCGGAAGUGUUAAAGCCAUUCGUAUAUGCCAUCCACAACCCCAAGAGCCGAAUUCAUCGCACGCGAAAGGGGGUUAUGUUUUUAGUAAUAAGCUACAUGCUCUUGUGGAGUAUGAAACUGCUGAAGUAGCAGAGAAAGCGGUUGACAAAUUAAAUGAUGAAAGGAAUUGGAGAAAAGGUUUCCGUGUUAGGUUGCUGAUUCGACGUUCACCAAAGUCUGUUCUAAAGACUAGGAAAUCGGACUUUGACGGCCUGCUUGACGAGGAUGACGACUUUGACUGGUCAGAAGAGUCUUCUCAGCCGAAUAGUGCAACUUCAGAACCAGCUAUUGACAAUAAUAUUCAGGAGAAUUCAAAGAAAGGAUGGGCACGUGGCUGCGGUAAAUCAAAGUCACGCACCCCGACGCACGGCACUUGUGGGCUUCUUGCACCGUCACUACAUACAAGCAGCUCGGCCCAUUUGGAAGCAUCACCAACGAAGAGUCCUAAAGGCCCAAGAAUGCCAGAUGGGACAAGGGGUUUUACAAUGGGAAGAGGGAAGCCUAUUCUAACGGGAAUACCGUAAGGUUUGAUGCUCGGAUUUUGCCAGUUUUAGUUCUAGUAUACACUAAUGUUCAUUUUCGUUUGUAAUAAUUUAACAUGAAGGUUCUUUUGCCAACAUGGGAUGUUAAAAUUUAAUUCGGUGAAUAAUAUUUUGUUGAGAAUGUGUCGUUACUUAA